AUGACAUUAUAAAGCGCCACAGGAAAGAGCAAACAGAUGCCAGUGCCGCAGGCGACAGCAGAAGGCAGCAGGUCAAGAACAGGAGCUCAGCCUACGGAUACGGGCGGCCCCGUUAUCGUGCCUGGAAGCAGAGGAAUUUGCAAGGACCUAACCGUUUUAGAAGAGGGUUUGGACAGCAACAAUACAACCGGAGGCAAUUCAGGAAUGCUAUGGCUGGUUCCAAGAGAAGAGCAGCUGCCACGUUCCAUGGAGUGAGCCCUUUAAAUCGCCAGGCAUCAGCUCAAGAGGGCAACAAGAACAGAACUGCUUUUGCCAAAAACAGGAGUGGGCAGCAGGAGGAACAGCCACAGCCAUCUCCAGGCCCCAACAGAUUCAGAGCAGAUGCUGCCAGCAUCCGCGCCCCAGGGAGAAGGCCUUUCAGGCUAAACAGAGGCCCAGUGUUCCAGCAGAAGCAGUGGUUCGCCAAAGCUCGCUUUCAGAGAGGGCAGAUGGAUGCUCGUGGAGAAGGGAAACCGCCAAGGAUGAGAAGGUGGCAAGGGAAAACGAGCCCGGGAGCAAUUCUGACGGUUUCUGUGGUUAAUCCCCAGGCGGGCCAGACCAGCGCGCCUGGAUCCAAGCGCCCGUUCCUGCGAAGCCAGAGACCCCCAGCACGGGUGGCCAAGCCCCAGCCCAAGGGAGUGCUGCUGAGAUUCAACUUUCGCGCAAUGGCCAACCAGACCAGCCUGACGCUGGAUGAGAGGUUCUCUGGUCUGAGGAAUAAGAGGCGCUUUACAGCAGCCAGGAGUGCUGGACGGACAGUCACCAUGCCUUAG